CUUCCGGCAGGCGGCAGCAGCGAAGUCCAGUCUCAGCUCACUCGCCCGUGUCCAGUCUUCGCCUCUUCUUGCCAGCUAUACCCCCUCUCCGUGGAUCUUCUUCCUCCUCGCGCGAGCGCCGCCACUCAUCCCGCUGCCGAGCGCCCGAGCCCCCUUCGUCUUCCUCCUCGCUCGAGCGCCUCCACCGCAGGUUACUCUGUUCCGUAAUGGCUGGUGACAUUACGUGUGGAUCUUUGCUGCAGAAACUGCAGUUUGUAUGGGAUGAAGUUGGUGAGAGCGACGAGGACCGCGACAAGGUCCUGUACCAGCUGGACCAGGAGUGCCUGGAUGUUUACAAGAGGAAAGUUGAUCAGGCCACCAACUCUAGGGAUCUCCUUAUCCAGGCCCUAGAUGACUCGAAGAUUGAGCUUGCUAGGCUUCUUUCUGCUCUUGGGGAGAAAGCUAUAACAAGAACUCCUGAGAAAACAUCGGGGACAAUCAAGCAACAGCUGGCUGCUAUAGCACCAACACUUGAGCAGUUGAAUAAGAAGAAAAAUGAGAGAGUACGGGAAUUUGUUAGUGUACAGUCACAAAUUGAUCAAAUAUGCGGUGAGAUUGCUGGCACAACAGAGGUCGGUGAGCAGUUGGCAACGCCACAGGUCAAUGAGGACGAUUUGACACUUGAGAGGCUUGAAGAUUUCCGGUCUCAACUCCAGGAACUCGAGAAAGAGAAGAGCAAUAGGCUGGAGAAGGUUCUUGAGUAUGUAAGCAUAGUACAUGAUCUCUGCACUGUCUUGGGGAUGGAUUUUCUCAACACAGUGACUGAAGUUCAUCCCAGUCUAGAUGACUCCAUUGCUGAUAAUUGCAAGAGCAUCAGCAACGAUACAUUGUCAAAGCUUGACAAGACAGUAGCCACACUGAAUGAAGAUAAGAAAUUGAGGCUAUGCAAGCUUCAAGAGCUUGCUGGUCAACUCUAUGAUCUUUGGGAUCUCAUGGAUGCUCCCCUGCAAGAAAGAAACAUGUUUGAUCAUGUCACCUGCAACAGAUCAGCAUCUGUAGAUGAAGUCACUGCUUCUGGAGCCCUUGCCCUUGAUUUAAUUGAACAGGCUGAGAUAGAGGUCCAAAGGCUAGACCAGUUAAAAUACAGCAAGAUGAAAGAAAUUGCUUUCAAGAAGCAAACUGAGUUGGAAGACAUCUAUGCUGGUGCUCACAUAGUAAUAGACACAGCAGCUGCCCAUUUGAAAUUAUUGGCGCUUAUCGAGGCAGGGAACAUAGAACCAACAGAACUCAUUGCGGAUAUGGAAGGUCAAAUAGCAAAAGCAAAGGAAGAAGCAUUGAGUAGAAAAGACAUACUAGAUAAAGUUGAAAAAUGGAUGUCAGCAUGUGAAGAAGAAAGCUGGCUUGAAGAUUAUAACCGGGAUGACAACAGAUAUAACUCAAGCCGAGGUGCUCAUCUGAAUCUCAAACGUGCAGAAAAAGCUCGUAUACUUGUCAGCAAGAUCCCAGCACUUGUUGAAACUCUGGUGGCCAAGACCAGGGCAUGGGAAGAGAGUCGUGGUUUGUCCUUUAUGUAUGAUGGUGUACCUCUUCUAGCUAUGUUAGAUGAGUAUGUUAUGCUUAGGGAGGAAAGAGAAGAAGACAAGAAAAGAAUGCGUGAACAAAAACGCUAUGUUGAGCAGAAACUUAAUACUGAUCAUGAAGGGCCAUUUGGAUCACGAGUCAGCCCUAACAGACCGGUCACUGCAAAGAAGUUGCCUGGCGCAAAAUCCAAUGGCACCUCCAUAAAUGGCACUCCUCCGAAUAGAAGACUAUCAGUCAGCGGCCAACAGAAUGGGAGCAGAUCUGGAGGCAAGGACAGCAAGAGAGAUGCCACAAAGGCAGUGUCUUCUCCAGGGAAUGGAGCCACAGCUGCUAAGGAAGACGCAUCCUCGCACAUUUCUGGGACUGAUUUGGCUCCAAGUACACCGUGAUCUUUUGACUUGAUAUGGAGUAUUAAUAUUAGAUAAGAACGGAUAUUUUCUGAUCCAUUGUCUAGUAAUAUAAUGUAAUGUUGUUUGUAGCGAGGAGCAAAGUAUAUGAGGUCCAUCUUUCGGUAGUCCAGCUACUUGCCCAGGGUUUGUUUGCUCCUGGUGUAAGUGGUGUUUCACCUUACCUUUGAUUAGUUUCACCGAGGCGUACUACUUCUGCCUCUGAUCAGACGUUGUGGUAGUAUAGUCUUUGCUGGUAUCUGUUGUUAUUAGUUGUUGAAAAUGACUUUUGAGUGCGCUGCCUGCUGCCUAUGAUGAACUUAUGUUGCGUUUUCCUUU